ACUCCUCCCUGUACUUCCUGGUCUCAAACAAAGCCACUCCCUUUAGCCAAUGUGUUCCACACAUACUCGGCUCAGUUUCCUGGAGCUCAGUGAGCACCGAUGGCGCAGCAAGUAAUUCAGAUGGCCAAGGAAAAGCUCUGCUGUUCAGUCUGCCUGGAUCUGCUGAAGGAUCCGGUGACUCUUCCCUGUGGCCACAGCUACUGUUUGAGAUGUAUUGAAGGCUACUUGGACGACGAGGUCCAUGGCUGUCCUCAGUGCAGGCAGACCUUCACGCCGAGGCCUGUCCUCAAGAGGAACACAGUGUUGGCGGAUUUAGUGGCUCAGCAGAAGGAGACGGGACUCGAGGCUGCUCCUGUUGGUCCCUGCUUUGCUGGAGCUGAGAAUGUGGCCUGUGACGUCUGCAGUGGGACAAAACUCAACGCUGUCAAGUCUUGCCUGCAGUGUCUGGUCUCGUACUGCGAGCUGCACCUCCAGCCUCACUACCAAUCACCAGCCUUUGGGAAGCACAAGCUGGUGGACCCCUGCAAGAAGCUCCAGGAGAACGUCUGUGCUCGCCACAGUGAGGUGAUGAAGAUCUUCUGCCGCACCGAUCAGCAGUGCAUCUGCUACCUCUGCUCCAUGGACGAACACAAGGGCCACGACACCGUCUCUGUGGCGGCAGCAAUGAGCGAGAAGCAGAGGGAGCUCGCGGCGCGUCGAGAGAAGAUCCAGCAGAAAAUCCAGAGCAGAGAGGAGAGUGUGAAGGGUCUUCAACAGGAGGAGGAGGACAUCAACUGCUUUGCCAAUGAAGCUGUGAAGGACAGCAAGAGGAUCCUGUCAGAAGUGAAGGAGCAGAUCAGAUCUCGUCAGAAGUCUGAGACCACUCGUGUCCACAAGCAGCAGGAGAAGCUGCAGGAGGAGAUCGCUGAGCUGAGGAGCAGGGACGCCGAGCUGGAAGUGCUGACACACACCGAGGAUCACACCCAGUUCCUGAGCAGCUACACCUCGCUGUCACACCCGAGUGACGCUGCAGACUCACUGAGCGCCACCGUGCGCCCCCUGCCGUACACUGCAUACGUGGAAGCAGCGAUGUCAGAAGUCAGGGAGACGCUGCAGGACAUCGUGGACAAGGAGUGGACCAAAAACCCCCAGAGCGGGAGCCAAGUGGACGAUUUCGAGGUGCCACAAGAACCACAGACCAGAGAGGAGCUCCUCAAGAAUUCAUGUCAAAUCACACUGGAUGCAAGUACUGCACACUGCAAUAUAUACAUGAACAAUGAUAGAGAAGUGACAUUUUACAAGGAUAGUGGUUCAUAUCCUGGACAUCCAGACCAGUUCACCAGCUGGUGUCAGGUUUUGUGUCAUGAAGGUCUGACAGGACGUUGUUACUGGGAGGUGCAGUGGACAGGCACUGAGGUCUUUCUGGCAGUGGCAUACAGGGACAUUCAAAGAGCAGGGGAUGAGAGUGCGUUUGGACACAACAAGAAGUCCUGGGUUUUACAGUGUAACAACAAACGAUAUGAAUUCAGACACAACAACAUCAGAACCGACGUCUCAGGCCCUUGGUCCAACAGGAUUGGUGUGUACCUGGACCACAGUGCUGGGGUUUUGUCCUUCUACAGCAUCUCUAAAGACCAAACCACGACUCUCCUGCACAGAGUCCAGACCACUUUCAGCCGGCCGCUCUGUCCUGGACUCGGUCUACAUUGGCACAAAAAUUCUGCUAAAAUAAGUAAUGCUUUAAAUGAAAAAUAAACUGCUCUUGAUCAAUGAUGUAACUAUCUUUCCGUGAGACUGGGUUUUUGAUAUGUGGCUAUAUCACAUUCUGACACACGUCAGUGCUGACUUUGUCACACAGUGUGCCACCGUUGCCAACAACCUAAGAGAUUAAAAUAUUUGCCACUUUAUCUCUCUGUGAGGCAGCUUCUUGAAUGAUCUGUUUUAUUGUUUUCUUCCUUGUCCGUACAAUAAGACUUUACAGAGGGAUAAUUAUCUGGAUUGAAGGCUUAAGUAAAGUGUCCCAGAUUUGUGUAUGAUUGUCCAAUUUUCCAUUUAUUUUACACACUAACCAUUCAUAUAACUGUUUGGUUUAUAUUUGUGAUUGUCACUAUAUGUUGCAUCUAAAUGAAUAAAAGUUCUGAAUCAAA